UCCAUAUCAUGUGAUUCAGGUGUUCCAAUCCCCUCCAUAUCAUGUGAUUCAGGUGUUCUAAUCCCCUCCAUAUCAUGUGAUUCAGGCGUUCCAAUCCCCUCCAUAUCAUGUGAUUCAGGUGUUCCAAUCCCCUCCAUAUCAUGUGAUUCAGGUGUUCCAAUCCCCUCCAUAUCAUGUGACUCAGGUCUUCCAAUCCCCUCCCAAUCAUGUGAUUCAGGUGUUACAAUCCCCUCCAUAUCAUGUGAUUCAGGUGUUCCAAUCCCCUCCAAUCAUGUGAUUCAGGUGUUCCAAUCCCCUCCAUAUCAUGUGAUUCAGGUGUUCCAAUCCCCUCCAUAUCAUGUGAUUCGGGUGUUCCAAUCCCCUCCAUAUCAUGUGAUUCGGGUGUUCCAAUCC